UUACAGUGAUAGUGACGCUUGACCUGACAAGCGGGAGGCCAUUUUAGCAACAUGGACGAUGUAUGGGGCCAGUAAUAUUCUGUAGCGGUGCUCUUGUGUAUAUUACGGUUUGUUUUCAUGCGGUUGUUUAAGCGAGCUCUGGUUAUUACGGGAAGCGCGAGCUCGUGGCUCGCUUUAGUGGUGUUGAGGGAAAGCUCGGAGCGUAACGAUGUUCCUCCUCACUGUCUGCGGGGCUCACUCGCUGCACUAAACGACCACCGUUUCCCUUCAACGAAACUCGAGGCUCUGCGAUGCUCCCCAAACCGCAUCUGGAUCAUGGCUUCUAAACCCCACCCUCCUCUGAUGAAGAAGCACAGUCAGACCGACUUGAUAAGCCGCCUGAAAAGCCGGAAGAUUCUUGGAGUUGGAGGCGAAGAUGACGAUGGAGAAGUUCACCGAUCAAAGAUCAGUCAGAUGCUCGGAAAUGAGAUGAAGUUUGCCGUUCGAGAGCCAAUUGGGCUGAGGAUGUGGUUGCUAACCUCGGCAGUGGGUUUCACGGCGAUUGCCUUGAUGGCCUUGGUUUUUCCCAACCAUCUAUAUGAGGUUGUUUUUGAGGAGGAACUAUCUACAACCAGCCUCUCCGUUCGCCUUUAUGGAGGAGCACUGCUCAGCUUGGCCCUUAUCAUGUGGAACGGCCUCUACACGGCAGAGAAGAGCGUCAUCCAGUGGACUCUGCUGAGUGAAGCUUGCUACUUUGCAGUGCAGUUUCUUGUGACAUCCAUCACCUUCAUAGAGAUUGGAAUGCUGCCCAAUGCUGCCGUACUGCUGCUUCUCAGCAGAGUCCUCUUCCUGGUGGUCACCAUGGCUUACUACUACCACCUGGGUCGCAAGCCAAAGAAGGUCUGAGCUGAUAUGCAUGCUCCAAGGAUAAAGGGAGUGGACUGCUGAGCAGAGAUCACAAAACGGGGUUGCAAGGUUUGGAUUAUUAUUUGAAAUGGAUCUUGGUUGAAGCGAUAUAUUUUCCCAGUGGGAUGCUUUUCUCCUUGCUCCAUCAAUCCCUGGGACCUAGCGUAGUGUUUCCCCCCCCCCCAAGUAGUCAACAAAUGAGCACAUUACAUACUUGAUGAAAUAAAUGUCUCUUUCCUUCAGAGGAGUAUGAGGUCAAACCAUGACACGAAUGCCUAUUGAGUGCUGUUAUUGUUAAAAAAAAAAAAAAAAAAAAAAGCCACUUUGUAUUGCAUUGUAUCCUUGUGUCACCUUGUUUAUCAGCUAUGUACUGUACAUGGCAGUCUCUCACUUGGUUGCUAAUGUACCGUGAGAAUCCUUCCGAAUUUACAGUUCAAAUGACUGCUUCGGAGGACCAAUAGUUUGCGCUGGAUUUUGUUGUUCUGUUUAUUCACACUGUGUUUGCUAAAAUGCUAUAAGCGUCAACAGCGCUCAGUAAAAUUCGGAUAAAGGCCUAACAAGCCAAGUCUUUUGUUGACUUUCAGAAUAAGCACAGCGGUGAACAGAACUGGGGUCGCAUUGUAUUUCAGUGUCAACAGGGAAGCAAAGUGUUUUUUUUUUUUGGACAACUCAAUGCUUCCAAAGCGAAGAGUAAAUGUUGUGUACAGUAUAUUCACACCAGUAAUGAUCUUCCUCAACAUUAAAGGCAGAAUAAGCAAAGUAGAUUUGACCUUUAGUGUUGAGCUGGCAUCACAAGCAGUCCUUGUUUUAGAGCACAAAACUGCUUUGGUUCCUCAUGAGUGGUGUAGCACAAUUUUUAUAUAACGCCAUAUCCGUAGCCUUGCCUUAAAGCAAUUUAAAACUGUCACCCACACUGCAUCUUGACGUUUACUGGGUGUAUAUGUAAAUAAAAGUACAUGUGGUAGUGUCAUGAAGCAGACAGGGAACGUGUUCAGUAUUAGGUAAAUCUAAGGUUUCGCACGUGUAAUUUUGUACCUAUAUAAGCAACUCUUGUCUGUUGACGUCAUGCAUAUAAUAAUUGAGCAGUGCCGAAUUAGCCGAGACAGUGUAGCAACCAAUGAAUCAAACUGAUAUGUUCACAUUGGUGAAAGUCAACAUAUUUAAAAAUAAAUAAAUCAUUUGGUGUAUUUGAGGAAAAAAGGUUAUGUGCUUUGUCACAGGUACUUGGCAAUUGAGUCCUCCUCCACAACACUCUACAUCCAAGUGAUUUGACUUCAUUCCAGUUCAGUGAAGGUUUUACUCUGAACUUGUGCUUUUCUAUGCCUUGGGCUCGGUCGAGGGAACCAUCUAAAAUGUAACUGAAAACAAAGCUUAAAUUCAUGAAUAUACACCGGGCCUCCUCCAGGUGGUCCCUCGGUCACGCUCCAGAUGGGAGUAGUCCUGAGGUCUGAGUGAUUGCGGGUUAGCAGUUGCAAGUUCAGUUUUCAGCAUGCACGCGUGCUUGUUACUUGGGUGAGUCUUAACUCCAGAUAGGGAAUACAUGGGUGAGGUCUCCUGCACUCCUCUAAAGUAGUAAUUAUCUCUUACCAAUGUUUAAUUGGAUGCAUUUCUCCCCAGCGACAGUGUGCUUAAGCCUACUACUCUGUCCUUACUACCACGCUAAUUAAGGGGUUGGAAAAAAAGUAAUUCCAUUUCCGCCUACACUAGAGGCCUCAAAUCAUCAGACUUUUGAAAUGUUCAAAGGUCUGUGGCGUGCAUUAUUUUAGGGCAAAUAGGCUUUAUUUUUGGGGUGGAGGGGGUAUGAUGACCAAGAGAAGGCCAACCAAAAAGCUGUUCUCUGACAUUACUCUCCGAAAAUUAUGUUGCUCAGUUGAGUUAAGUGGAAGAUCAAGAGCAGUUGUUUAACUCUGAUACAGUUCCAAAGCUUUUGUUCUGUUCUGAAUGGCAUUCCAGGUCAAAUGCUUUCAACUUGUAGCAUUGUUUUCUUAUGUAUAUACUGUUUGUGGAUCAUGUACCUCAAAUGAAAUUGUUAGUUUGAAAUAAAGAACACUUGUCAAUUUUGAAGACUUCCAAA